CUUUUCAGACCAAUAUAACUGAAAUUUCACCAGUAGAAAAAAAGAAUCUGAUUACUGAAAACCUUAUUGAAUUAUGUACUGAACCACUAAUAGAUAAUGCAACACUCAAUAAGAAAUCGUCUGAUAUAAUAAGUUUUUAUUGUACUGCUUGUGAUGAUGAUAUACAAGAUAUCAUUAAUGCUAGAAAUUCGAUGAAACGUGCAUCGGAAGCUAUGGCUAUCAAAUAUAAAAUAUCAACAAGGCGUGUAUAUCAAAUAUGGAGGGAAAAUCAUCCACCAAUAGAUCCUAGAGAAAUAGUAUCACAACCAAUUAAUAUAGGGUCGAUAUCAUCAUCAAAAAAGGCUA